AAAAAAAAAAAAUCCCCAAAUUCGAAGGUGAAAAAGAAGCACUUUGGCAAUCGCAGGUUUGGGUUCGAUUGUGCAGAGUGCAAAAACUGCAAAUCAGUGAAGUCGCCAUGCUUCGUUGUUUGUCGAAACUUCGUUGUCUCGCCCUUCAAUCACGCCAAAUUCUACCACCGCCCUCUUCUCGGCGGCUCCUCCACCAUUUGCGGCCGCAACCGCUUCACUCUGCUUCCACAUUUCGCACUUCUUCUCCUCCGUCCUUAGUUUUCUCUUCAUGGCCUCUCCACGCAUCUCAUCCUCCCCCUUCCUUGGUUCAAGUGCGCCACGUGUCGUCCAGGGAACGAAAACUGAGAAGAAAGCCGAUGACUCCAACUAUUUCCAAGGUUAAGAAAACGAAAAUGAAAUCUUAUUCGUCUUUAAAAUCCAGAUUCAGAACAAUGAAUGAUGGGAACAUCAGGCGCUGGAAGGAAGGCAAGCGUCACAAUGCUCAUCUCAAGUCAAAGAAAUCAAAACGUAGAUUGAGGAAACCUGCUAUUGUUCCAGCGGCUUAUGCCAAAGUAAUGAAGAAGCUCAAUUUCUUUGCUUAGAUAUUGGAAGUUUUGCUGCUGGUUACAGCAUGAAAGAGGAUCGACCAGGUUUUGCAUUUUUAACUCCAAUCAUUUGUUGACCUUCACAUUUUAGAAUCUGUAAAACGAGCAAAUUGCCGAACAGUUUGUUUGUUGUGGAACAGUUUGAAUUGAUGAUAUUUCGAGGUCAUGCCUAUUUAAAGUGGCAUGUUUUAGUUGAUAAUGUAUGCAUUAUUGUUAACAUCCCAGUGGCUGAUUGAUCCUUUCAUGUGAUACAUUCAAUUUGAGUUCAGUUUGAUAAA